CGCCUGCGGCGGUGACCGAAGUCUCAGCUCUCGCGAGGUUUCCUCUUCCGGGAGUCGCUGGGGGACGUACUCCGCGAACGGUGUGGCGAUGUGUGGGGACUGUGUGAAGAAGGAGUACCCCAAUCGGGGGAGCACCUGUCUGGAGAAUGGAUCAUUCUUGCUGAACUUCACAGGCUGUGCGGUGUGCAAUAAGCUGGAUUUUAUGCUGAUCACUAACAGAUCCCUGAAAGAAGAAGAUGGAGAAGAAAUAGUUACCUAUGAUCACCUGUGUAAGAAUUGUCAUCAUGUAGUAGCCAGACAUGAGUAUACAUUCAGUAUCAUGGAUGAAUUUCAGGAGUACACCAUGCUGUGUCUGUUGUGUGGCAAAGCUGAAGACACCAUCAGUAUUCUCCCUGAUGACCCCCGACAAAUGACUCUGUUGUUCUAAGCUUCCUGUGGUUCUGUUGUAGCUAUGUUGGCUUGACUUACAAUAUAGCAGGCCUGAUGGUUUGUCUAAGUCUAAUAAUGAAAAUUCUUUGUAUUUCUUUUUUCUACUUAGACUUACCUCCUUGGAAGAAAAAGUAAUUUGGGGAAUUGUUGUUUCCUAGAGUUGAGCUCCUCUGCUAAUCCCCUGUACGUGCCAGAGUGAAAUGUCUUUGCUCGUGGUUAUUUGGCUAGAAAACCACUAGAGCCUGUGCACAUUCUGCACUCAGAUCUUGGUUUCCUGUCAGAGGAAUCCACAAAUCCUUGCAAAAGUAAGUGUGGAGUGAGCAGGAAUUCUACAUGAUGAAUUUAGAGUAUUUUGUGCUACCAAAAAACCCACCACUACCAACAACAACAACAGUCAACCAACCAAACAAACUAAAAACAAACAAGCAACAAAAAACACAGAAAUCAAAACCACAGUGGUUAAGGGAUAGUCAGACAAGAAUUACCAGUGAACACAACAGUAUUCAUUUUAAAAUAAGUGAAUUGAUAUUGAAUUAUAACCCAGAGUGUAUACUAAAUACCCAUGCUGAUAGCAAUGAUUGGGUGGAUGGAUGGAUAAAUAAAUAAGGGAGGAAAAGAAAGGGAAAGGAAGGGGCAUGGAUUUCCUAUGGUUCUACAUUGUCAGUGUGGGCUGUGUGCAUAGUGGCUUCCUUCCAAAGAGUAGCAAGGGCUCAGCAGUGAUAGCACACACCUUUAAUCCCAGCACUCGGGAGGCAGAGGCAGGCAGGUCUCUGUGAAUUCGAGGCCAGCCUGGUCUACAGACAGAGCUAAUUCCAGGAUAGCUAGGGCUGUUACACAGAGAAACCCUGUCUCAACCUCCCCCCCCCCUCAAAAAAAAGUAGCAUGGAAAGAGGGAAAGGAAUGACUUUAAGGAAGAGAACUCUAACAAACACUGGCUCAGCUAGGCGAUCAUGGUUAAUAACGCCAUCAGUAAGCCUUGAUGUCGGGUACCCUUGAUAUGAUACAGUAUGAAGAUCUCUGUGGUUUUUUCCCCAGGGAGCCAUAAUCUAUGUAAUCAUAAGAACAACACACAAGUUCAGUUCUGCAGAGUGAUUGUAUCUUUCAAAACUACCCAAGGUCUUCAAAAACAAGUAAAAUCUGAAAAACUAGGAGGCUAAGGAGGCAUGGUACUUGAAUGUAUUGUAAUGGAAGCCUAUCCUAGAGGAAGGAUGCAUGUGAGAAACCAGAGACUUGGAAUAAAGGAUGUAAUGUAAGUUUA